AUGAUUAAAGAUUGGGAUCGAUUCAACCUAGACUGGGUCCCUACCCUCCACCUUGGGCAUUCAAAACAGCAUGUAAAGGAUCCUGAAGAGGCAACUGCACAGAAAGCUGCCAACAGAUGCAAACGUCAAGUAGAACUUGCAGAAAAGAGGGGGAAGAGAGAGUGAAACAAGUGGAGGAUACAGGAAAACAGCUGAUGAGAUAUUUUACAAGGCCAAGCCCAAGGUCGAGGCUUUGAAUGUUGACGAUACAGGGAAAACAGCUGAUGAGAUAUUGUACAAGGCUGAGCCCGAGGCCGAGGCUUUGAAUGUCGAUGACAAAGAUCCAGAAACCAGGGAAGAAUUAUGCAGCAGUCAUGACCAGAAAACAGUAUAUGCUGAAACUCAAACAACUAAAUUUGAAUAUUUAUCUAAGGAUAAAUCCGUUCUCGUUUGGAAAAAAACCACCAUCAUUAUUGUCUGUUUUGAGGUCUUCAUAGAGCGACCUUCUAAUCUAGCAAGAGCUCAAACAUUUUCUAACUAUAAACAGCACAUUACCACCAAGGUGCUCAUCGCAAUUACACCCCAAGGAUCUAUUUGUUUUACUUCCAAAGCAUGGGGAGGAAGGACCACUUGAAGCCAAGGGACCUUGUUAUAACAGAUUGAAGGUUCGCCAUUCAGGAAAACAUUGCACUCUACCAGGCACAGUUAGCUAUCCCUGCCUUCACUAGAGGAAGGAAUCAACUUGGUCCACUUGAUGUGAAACAAACACGAGGAAUUGCGAAUGUGCGAGUACAUGUAGAGCAUGUCAUUGGACUCCUGAGGUAAAAGUAUUUUAUCCUGCAGGGAAUACUACCAAUAGAUUAUUUGACAUGUUCAGAAAAAAGUGGAAAAAUUCCACUCAUUGACGGGAUGAUCAGGGUUUGUGCAGCCCUUACAAAUCUUGCCCCAUCUGUUGUUCCCUUUGAAUAA